AGAAGUUGGCAGAGAGGUUCGUGCCCUGGGGAGGAACCGAGAGUGCGUGUGGGUGACCCUGGGCCCCUCGUCCCGCUGCUCUGACGUCUCCCUGAGCCCGUUUCCCCUGCCGGGAUGCUGCUCCCUCUGCUGCUCCUGCCCUGGGCAUGGGGGGCUCUGGACGCCUCCCCUCCUGUCCCCCAAGAGUCUCUCACCCUCCGGCUGCUGUUAACCAGCGUUUUCCACAACGCCAGCUCCACGGACAUGGAGUUGACGGCCCUGCUGGGCAACCUGGAGACCCACUCCAUGGACUGCAGCACCUGCAAGAUCCGCUUCCUGCAGCCCUGGGCCCAGCUGGGCCUGACCCCAGUGGAGUGGCAGGACCAGGAGACGGUGAUCCAUCACGACCUGUCUAAUUUCAUCGGUCUGGUGAACGAACUGGUUAAGGAUGAAGGAGAGGGCUACCCCUUUGUUACCCAGGUCUCCACUGGCUGCGAGCUCCUCCCCAACGGCACCUCGAGGGGAUUCUAUGAUGUUGGGAUGAACGGCGAGGACUUCGUCAGCUUCAACGUGGAUGCAGGCAAAUGGGUCGCUCGGCGGGGGGAUAAGCUGGCGCUUCACAUCCAGGAUAUUCUUAACUACAACUGGCCUGCGGCCAACAAACUUCAGUUUCUCCUGAAAACAACUUGUGUCAAUAAGGCUAAGAGCUUUGCCCGCUACGGGAAAGAGUCUCUGGAGAGGCAAGAGCGGCCGGUCGCCGUGGUGUUUGCCCGAGUGCCUCCCCCAGCCGGGACCCCCGCGCCGGUACUGCUGGUUUGCCGGGUCACCGGUUUCUACCCCCGGCCCGUCCGCGUGGCCUGGCUGCAGGACGGGGAGGAGGUGGGGCCGGGCGGGCGGCUGAACUCCAGCGGGAUCCUGCCCAACGCGGACCUGACCUACCAGCUGCGCAGCUCCCUGGCCGUGGGGCCGGGCGCCGGGCACAGCUACGCCUGCCGGGUGCAGCACAGCAGCCUGGGGGGCCGGAGCCUGCUGAUCCCCUGGGGAUACAGCAGGCCCUGGGGCCCUGGCCUGAUUGUCGGCAUCACCCUGGGGGUUGUGGCCGUAGCCGCCAUGGCUGUGGUGCUGUGGUGGAGCAGACGCAGGGGCUACCAGGGCAUUGGCCCAGGGGAUCCUAGGGUCUGAGGGGACAGCAACGGCCCAGGCAUGAGAAUCGGGCCCUCUUCUGGGGACAUGGACCUCAAGACUGUAUCUGUGCCCGGCUCCAGAUCUGAGGGCCCCAAGGGUCGGUCUGGAUCCAAGCACUGGAGAUCGGGACUCCAAGUAGCUGGUGGUUCGGUUAAUAAAGAGAGCUGUAUAAUGGAGGCUCAGAUAAACAGGAAGAGAGACAUAGACGUAUUUGGUAUAUAUAAGAAACAUAGAUUGCAAUUCUAUUAACUUUAUU